AUGCCCCGCAAUAUAUGGUUCCUGAAGAUGGACAAUCUGCUUUCCGCGACCGCUCUUCCUCAUUGCUAUGUCCUCCUUGUCGUAGGCACGCCGUCAUAUGCCGACCUUACGCCUCUCCUUCUCUCUGGACACUACGCGCACUCGCUUGUCAUCGUUGCGACCGACCAGCCGCCCGAGGUUCCCCACAUCGUCAUCCCCGCGCUGCGUAUCCUACACCUCUCCAGCCCUUUGACUACCGAGAAUGCAGACGCUAUGCGCUUUGUCAGCAUAUUGGGAUGGGCUGAGCGAGUUGCCCACGAUUGGCGCAAGUACGGCGGUUCCGGCAUACUCGAACUGUCCGAAGAGGACGAAUUCCACCCGCCUAACGACUCGGUGGGGCCAUCCGGCCACGGUGUCAACCGCUUGUCGUCAGCAUCCCAUGGUUCCGCUGCCAAUCAGGCUCAACGUCUGUCCACCGCUCAAGCAGGCAACAAGCGGCCUUUUGAUGCGCUCAUCAACUUUCUCCCAGGCCAGAUUUCCGAUAAUGCGCUUCUUAGGCAGACCAUUCUCAUCACGUCCUUAAGCCGGCCUUUCCUCAACGUUUCUGCAUCGGGCUUUUCGCUCUAUGAUGAGGUGUAUCAGAAAUUGAGAGCGGUCUUUGGGUCGCUACGCGUAUCGCGCAGCGGAAGGCGUGCAUCGACGGACCUUCCCCGCACGCAUGUCGAGGCUCUGUUCAGUUCAAGGCCAUCUGCGGCGCGUCCGCUCGGUUCCACUGCACGGCCGCAUCUGAUCCACCUCCUGCCGCGUUCCUCGGCUCAGUACCCGCAGGCGAGCAUGAAGAUCGUCGAGAGCAUGGAGACCUUCCUAUCAGCAUUCACGUUCGCCGUCACCCUCGACGCAGGUACAGACUCUCGUUCCCCUGACACUCUUAACAACGUCAGACCGUACAUCAUGUACUCGUCCACCUUCGGCACCGCGCUCGACUGUGCUCUGUCCUACCCUGGCUCUGACACGGGGCAUCAGAACGACGCGUGGGGAUGUGAAUGGACCGUGGCCGAUGUCGUGCUCUCUGGUGCGUUGGACGGCGCAACGAACAUGCCUGGAUCGCCUGUCGAGGGACCUUCGUGGGUUUCCGGCUCAGAGGAUAUUGUCCUCGUGCCAUCCUCCGGCCAUAUUCCUGCGUCUGCGCUCGCGAUCCCGAGACGCGUUUCUGCAUACCAUGUCGCCCCUGUGCGCAUAGACGGAGAGACGCACAACGCCGUUCAUCCACGCACGGAGAAAGAGCGUCCAAAGAGCAAAGCGUCUUCCUAUACAACCUCAUAUGGGCAUUCGCUUGUCGAGUUUCCUCCGCCCUCAUUCCACGAAGAGAGCAUGCACGUACGCGAAGAGGUUCUCGUGGAUCCCGCGCCCAAGGAGCCGGUCCCCACGGAGAUUGAGGAGGCUCCCAAGACAUCUGUUCUGCCGGUCAUCGUAGAAGACCUGAAGGGCUUGCCGGGAAACCUCAUACCACGGCGCGUCUCUGUGAAGAAGGGUCGUCCUUUGAUGUGCGGUUGGAGAGAUGGCGGUACCUGGCGAUUCGGAGGAAAGGGCAAGGAGGCGUUAAAGACCACCUCAGCGUAA